UGUGAUAGCUAGUAAACAAAAAUUUAAUAAUAAAUAUAAAUAUUCACUACUUAAAAAAAAUGUCGGUUUUGGUAAAAAGAAAAAGGGGUAGGCCGCGGUUGAGUGAAACCAAAAUAAUUAACAACAUUGAUGGCAAUUUAAUAGAGGAGGUAAAGAAAUUCCCGAUUUUAUAUGACAGAGAUCACCCGGACUACCGAAAUAAAGCUUUAGCCAACAGACACUGGCGUCUCAUUGCCAAUAUUUUAAAUUCAUCAGAAUCUGUAGUAAAAAACCGCAUGAUACAGUUACGGAACAGAUUUAACGUUGAGAAACGCCGAGUCGAUGUUCUUGCCGAUGGAUCGAUAGUUUCCAACUGGCCACUUUAUGAUAGUUUAGCGUUUCUGAUAGAAUUCACCAAAAAACGUCGCCACUAUUUGAUGCAGCCAAAAAUACAAAUGAAUAACACAUCUAGUGAUGAGGAAGAUAAUGAGAGUAGGAAUGACUAUGCUACAAAUGACAAUGUCAACAAUACACAGCGGCCGGCACACAUACCUCUGCGCGAGAAUAUUGUCGAGGAACCAAACACUCCACCACCACCAAUAAACAGAAGAAUCUCCAUAGAAUCAGAAGAGCAGUACAAUAAGAAAUUUAAAGCUUUUGGGGAAUUUCUUGCUUCUUCACUUAUAGAAAUGAGCGAAAUGCAGGCGCUGCAUCUAGUCAAAAAGUUUACCUCUGAUUUGGUGGAAUAUUCAAAGCUUGAAGAAGUCAAUAGAGUAUCAAAUGAGCAUCAUUCAGUUAAUGGCGAGGAGUAUUUAUUAAAUUAAAUAAAUAUGAAUGUAAAAAUUUUUAA